AAACAGACAUACUGAGAGGAGAGAGAGAGACAGAAAGGGAGACUGGGAGACAGUCUGUACUGCAUUGCAUUGGCACUGGCUUGGAAAGCAAAACAGAACAGAAAAGAGAGAAAAAGGAAGCGAGAGUUUUUCUGGUGAUCCUGGAACAACUGCAACACUGCACUGAAGGAGGAGGGAGGGCAAGUGGGAGGAGAGAAAGAGAAGGAGGGAGAGAAAGGAAAGACAGAAAUAGUCACACACAGAAGCGCAAAACAGACUGUCAAGGAAUAUCUGUCAAGGAAUAAUUUUCCUUCCCGUUGAGUCACUCUAUAAUCUUCCUCCUCCAGCAUGCCUUUGUUCUUCCUCCUCUCCUUCUCUCUUCUAAAAAAAAUCUCAACUUGAACUAUUCAUGCAUUACAUUUUGAAUGCAUCUUUCUCCUCUCCCUGACUCUCACUGUCUCUCUUUCUCCAUCUCUCUCUCUCUGUCUUCCUCCCUCCCUUCUCCUCACCACCUGUUAGUCCUGAUUCUCUCUUCACCGGUAUUUCCAGUUUUACGGGGGAGUUUCACACUCACGCUAUUACUAAGGUAAAACCCGUAGAAGCCUUAAGACACAGAUCAGUGAGCACCGCAGCAAUAUACGAACAGGAAGUGAUGUCACUGAGUACUGCCCCUGUACGUAUAUAGGACCUUCCACCCCCACCGGGGAUUUGGAUACCUGAUGAAGACCUAAGGGUCGAAACGUUGUUAAUAAAUUUCACCUGGGAGCAUGAGCAGCAGUGUUUUCCAUGAGUUUGCCUACAACUCCAGCUCCUGCGGAAAGUUCCUGGAUCCCUAUGACUGUGCGAAAGGGAAACAAGCGCCUGACCAUCUCCAUCCAGGAACACAUGGCCAUUGACGUCUGUCCCGGGCCAAUCCGCCCCAUACGACAGAUCUCUGCCUACUUUCCCCGCCUCUCGCCCACUUCCUCCGUCUCUGAGUUGAAUCCAGCCAAUCCAUCUGGGUUUACCUCCACGCUCAGCCCCAGCAGCGGAGGAGGGGCAGUAGGGGGAGGAGGAGGGGGCGGCGGUGGCCUGUUGUCCCCACUGUUGGCGGGGGCAACGGGAGACGGUGGAGGGGGCACGUUGUCGGCCAUGGGUAGCAUGGACACAUCAAUCGAGAUUGACAGCUGUGACAGCGAUGACAGCACCGCCUUGGGGACAUUGGAGUUUGACCUGCUGUAUGAGCGAGCCACCAGCUCCUUACACUGCACCGUAAUCAAAGCCAAGGGUCUGAAGCCGAUGGAUUUCAAUGGCCUGGCCGAUCCUUACGUCAAGCUACACCUGCUCCCAGGAGCCUGCAAGGCGAACAAACUGAAGACCAAGAUCGUGCACAACACCCUGAACCCUGUGUGGAAUGAAAGACUCACCUACCUGGGCAUCACAGAGGAGGACAUGUACAGAAAGACACUCAGGGUGUCUGUGUGUGACGAGGACAAGCUGACGCAUAACGAGUUCAUCGGAGAGUCGCGGGUGGCCCUGCGCCGCGUGAAGCCUGACCAAACCAAACGCUUCAACAUUUGUCUGGAACACCCACCGCCCCUUCCCUCCCCUUCUGCAAUGAGUGCGGCACUGAGAGGCAUUUCCUGCUACCUGAGAGAGUGGGAGAGUGAACAGCAGAGGAGUCUGGAGGAGAGGGGUCGUCUGCUGCUCUGCCUGCAGUUCCUCCCCACGUCCGGUGUGGUCGAUAAGGCCAAAGGGGAGGAGAGGGCCCACGGAGGGCUCUGUGUGGGUGUGCGACGCUGCGCCCACCUAGCCGCCAUGGACGUCAAUGGAUUCUCGGACCCCUAUGUCAAAACGUACCUCAAGCCAGACCUGCAGAAGAAAUCCAAGCAUAAAACAGCCGUCAUAAAAAAGACUCUUAACCCAGAGUUUAAUGAGGAGUUCUUCUAUGAGAUCUCCUUCACGGAGCUGUCCACCAAAACCCUGGAGGUCACCGUCUGGGACUACGACCUAGGGAAAUCCAACGAUUUUAUUGGAGGCGUGUCCUUAGGCUGUCACUCACAAGGAGAAACUCUCCAGCAUUGGAUAGACUGUCUGAAGAACAAGGGCACAAAGGUGGAGCGAUGGCACACGUUGACCAAUGAGCUGCCUGGAUCCACAUUCCAUGAAUGAAAAUGGGCCAAUAAUAAUAUCUCACCACUGUACUGUUUUUGGCCAAAAUGUUUGGCUAAAUUGGGAUUAUGGAUGGAAGGUGUUCAUCAUCGCAUGUUAUGAAGAUGUAUUCUGCAUGCUUUGAACAUUUGAGUUCAGAAAGAAAUGGUAGGGGUGUGGGGUUAGUUGAGCCAAAGGGGUUAGUUAAGGCAUCCUUGUUUCUAAGAAACCAUACACAAAAUAUAUAAUUUGGCCAAAUACUUAGGAAGCAGUCAUCAUUUCAUGGAGUCUGUGAAGAAGGGUUUCCUAAACUCGGUCCUCGGCACCAAGGGGUGCACUUUUAAAAAAUUCCCUAGCACUACACAGCUGAUUCAAAUAAUCAACUAAUCAUCAAGCUUUGAUCAUUUUAAUUAGCCGUGUAGUGUUCAGGCAAAAAAAAAAAAAAACAUGCACCCCUUGGGGUCCCGGGGACUGGAUUUGGGAAAUGCUGCUGUGAAGGAAGAAACCAGGAAAAAGUGGGACGCAAGUCAGGUCCCCAAAAAUGAUUUUCACCAAGUCAAAUGAAUAUGUGUUAGAGGUUUCAUGAUGCUUGUAUUUGAACCAAAGUAGAUCAUUUUAAGAUUGUUCUAUACAUCAGUUGGGGUCUUUAUGAGUUUCAAUAUGAGGUCCUAAACCUAGCAUGAAGUUCAUCCUUGUAGCUGUGUGGGCUAAUAUAGUCAAAAUGUUUACAUUUUGGAUAAGUGUUUUCUUCCCAGUCAUAAUGCAAGGCAUUAUCGCUGGGACAUGAGGUAAUAACAGGGCAUGGCCUAUGUUAAAAAUGCUUAAAAUGAUUCAAAGACAAAAAGUGCUUGUGAUUGUGUUGAAUUGUGUUUGGAAAAUAAAGAUAGACAUGGUUUUAAAAA